UGAUAGAUUCCCAAGAGGAUUACCGAUUCGCCAAGAUUAGAGUUAGUUCAUCUGGAUCGUUCUUAGCAUUUGGUUCGACAUGAAUGCAAAAAUCGUCAGUUAUCUGUUCGUUCUACUAGUGCACCUUACAUAUUCAGCAUGCAGUAAGCUGCCGGAUCCCGGAACUUGUGGCGUUCAAGUUUCCGAUAGAAUCUAUGGUGGAAACAUCACAAAUAUUGACAGCUACCCAUGGACAGCCAUUUUGGUAUUCCGACAAACUGGAUUUGAUCCUGAUCUGUUCCACUGUGGCGGCAGUUUAAUUUCUGAUCGUUACGUGCUUACUGCAGCACACUGCACCGAUGGAACAGAUGAGAAUUACUAUAUAGAUCGCAUACGACUGGGUGAAUGGGACUUACAAACUGAAAAGGAUUGUGAUUCAAAUUCCGCAUGCUCAGAUCCUCCGAUUGAUGUUGGAAUUGAAAAGAUCAUAAGUCAUGAAGGGUUCAAUAAAUUGACACUAAUAAAUGACAUUGCAUUGAUUAAACUGAACAGAAGUGUCAAUUUUACGGAUUUUAUAUCACCGGUUUGCCUGCCACUUUCUGGAAAUGCUAAAAAUCUAGACACAGAUGAAACAGUGUUUACUGCUGUCGGGUGGGGAAAUACGGAACAUCGAAACGGAUCAUAUGAAUACGGAAGCCGCUAUAAACUACAUGUAAAACUGAACGGUGUCAGUUUGGAAAUCUGUGAUGGAGCAUAUGAUGAAGAUAUAAUCUCCUCUCAGUUAUGUGCUGGUGCAGAGAAAGGAAAAGACACAUGCCAGGGCGAUUCAGGCGGUGGAUUGGUUGCACCUGUUGAUGGAUUCUAUUACGAGUACGGUGUAGUCAGUUGGGGUUAUGGCUGCGGUCGCAAAGGAGUACCAGGAGUUUACACUAGGGUGACUAGUUUCCUGGAUUGGAUUGAAAAUCAUUUGGAUUGAUGUAGCUGACCCAAACUUAUCGGGUAGUUGAACGUUACAUUAUGCAAAUAUGAGGAAAAUCCAAAACUAUUCGUGAGAUCAUUGUGUCCAAAGUCUAUUUUUGAAAGUGAAUUGAAUAAUAUGACAAAAACCUCAUUAUAACAAGAAAUACAAAAUAAA